GUCGUUUGGAGGUGCGACGCUGAACAUGGCGCGUUCCUAGGAGCCGCUUUCGGCAUCAGUAGGCGGCGGCGUGUGGACUGGCAGCGUGAGGCGCGGGACAACCGACGCCGCUUCGUGUUGCGGAGUGGAAGCAGAAGAACCGGGCUGUUCCGGGCCGAACCAGACGGUUUCCAUGGAUCUCAAUAGUGCCAGCACUGUUGUUCUUCAGGUCUUAACGCAGGCCACCAGUCAGGAUACUGCUGUGUUAAAACCAGCUGAGGAGCAGUUGAAACAGUGGGAGACACAGCCAGGUUUCUAUUCAGUGUUGCUGAAUAUUUUCACAAACCACACCCUGGAUAUAAAUGUUAGGUGGCUUGCUGUGCUGUAUUUUAAAAAUGGAAUUGAUCGUUACUGGAGACGUGUAGCACCUCAUGCUCUUUCAGAGGAGGAGAAAUCUACAUUGCGUGCAGGGUUAAUCACCAACUUCAACGAACCAAUAAACCAGAUUGCAACUCAGAUUGCAGUGCUGAUUGCAAAAGUUGCUCGAUUGGAUUGUCCCAGACAGUGGCCUGAACUGAUUCCCACUCUUAUAGAAUCUGUGAAAGUCCAGGAUGAUCUUCGACAGCACAGAGCAUUACUUACCUUCUAUCAUGUUACCAAGACUCUGGCGUCUAAACGUUUGGCUGCUGAUAGAAAACUAUUUUAUGAUUUAGCUUCUGGAAUUUAUAAUUUUGCCUGCUCUCUGUGGAAUCACCAUACAGAUACAUUCCUACAACAAGUUUCUUCUGGCAAUGAAGCUGCAGUUCUAAGUUCACUAGAACGAACUCUACUAUCACUGAAAGUGCUGCGUAAGUUAACUGUUAAUGGAUUUGUGGAACCCCAUAAGAAUAUGGAGGUGAUGGGUUUUUUACAUGGAAUAUUUGACCGUCUAAAACAAUUUCUGGAAUGUAGUAGAAGUGUAGGUACAGAUAAUGUAUGUAGAGAUAGACUGGAAAAGACCAUCAUUCUUUUUACUAAAGUGCUUUUGGACUUCUUGGAUCAGCAUCCGUUUUCAUUUACUCCUCUAAUUCAGAGAUCACUGGAAUUUUCUGUAAGCUAUGUAUUUACGGAAGUUGGUGAAGGCAUUACAUUUGAACGAUUCAUUGUCCAAUGCAUGAAUCUUAUUAAGAUGAUUGUCAAAAAUUAUGCUUACAAGCCAUCCAAAAAUUUUGAAGAUAGCAGUCCUGAAACUCUUGAAGCUCAUAAGAUUAAGAUGGCAUUCUUUACAUAUCCUACUUUGACAGAGAUAUGUAGAAGAUUAGUCUCGCAUUAUUUUCUGUUAACUGAUGAAGAACUGACAAUGUGGGAGGAAGACCCAGAAGGCUUUACAGUGGAAGAAACAGGAGGAGAUUCUUGGAAAUACAGUUUGAGGCCUUGCACUGAAGUACUAUUUAUAGAUAUAUUCCAUGAAUAUAAUCAGACUCUUACUCCUGUACUUCUAGAAAUGAUGCAAACACUUCAAGGGCCCACUAAUGUGGAAGACAUGAAUGCACUGUUAAUCAAAGAUGCUGUGUAUAAUGCUGUUGGAUUAGCGGCUUAUGAGCUGUUUGACAGUGUUGAUUUUGAUCAGUGGUUUAAAAACCAACUUCUUCCAGAAUUACAAGUCAUUCACAAUAGGUAUAAGCCAUUGCGACGCAGGGUGAUUUGGCUCAUCGGUCAGUGGAUUUCUGUGAAAUUCAAGUCUGACUUAAGACCCAUGUUAUAUGAGGCAAUUUGUAACUUGCUUCAAGAUCAAGACUUAGUGACAACAAUGCUACAAUGCUUCAUUGAAAAAUCCAUUAAAAAAAGUAUCUUUGACAUGCUCUGCUCCGUCCCUCUUAGAACAUGUUACUUAGCAGAUAUAGGGCUUUUGGCACCUUUCAGGUCUUUACAUUUCUAUUUCGAACCUUUUUUUUCUUUUUAUCUGCAGUAUUUGGAAACCAUGUUCACACUACUUUUUCAGUUACUGCAGCAAGUUACAGAAUGUGACACAAAGAUGCAUGUUUUACAUGUCCUUUCUUGUGUGAUUGAAAGAGUCAACAUGCAGAUACGACCGUAUGUUGGAUGUUUGGUACAGUAUUUGCCUCUUCUUUGGAAGCAGAGUGAAGAACACAAUAUGUUGAGAUGUGCUAUUCUCACAACACUUAUUCAUCUUGUUCAGGGAUUAGGAGCAGACAGCAAGAACCUGUACCCUUUCCUGCUCCCAGUUAUUCAACUGAGUACAGAUGUUUCCCAGCCUCCACAUGUUUAUCUUCUGGAAGAUGGUUUAGAAUUAUGGUUAGUGACUUUGGAAAACAGCCCAUGUAUUACACCAGAGUUGCUUCGUAUAUUUCAGAAUAUGUCACCACUUCUUGAACUAAGUUCAGAAAAUCUCAGAACCUGCUUUAAGAUCAUCAAUGGUUAUAUCUUUUUAUCAUCAACAGAGUUUUUACAGACGUAUGCAGUAGGUCUAUGUCAGUCCUUUUGUGAGCUGCUAAAGGAAAUUACUACAGAAGGUCAAGUUCAGGUGCUCAAGGUUGUGGAAAACGCCCUUAAAGUGAACCCUGUAUUAGGCCCGCAAAUGUUUCAACCAAUUCUGCCCUGUGUUUUCAGAGGUAUUAUAGAAGGGGAGAGGUAUCCUGUAGUGAUGUCAACAUAUCUCGGAGUUAUGGGUCGAGUCCUGCUACAAAACACUAGUUUCUUUUCUUCACUUCUUAAUGAGAUGGCACAUAAGUUUAAUCAGGAGAUGGACCAGCUUUUGGGAAAUAUGAUUGAAAUGUGGGUUGAUCGCAUGGACAACAUUACCCAGCCUGAAAGGAGAAAACUUUCAGCUUUGGCUUUGCUUUCUCUUCUACCAUCUGAUAAUAGUGUUAUCCAGGAUAAAUUCUGUGGGAUUAUAAACAUCUCAGUGGAGGGCCUACAUGAUGUCAUGACGGAAGAUCCUGAAACAGGAACCUAUAAAGACUGUAUGUUGAUGUCUCAUCUUGAAGAACCAAAAGUAACAGAAGAUGAGGAACCACCCACAGAACAGGAUAAGAGGAAAAAGAUGCUGGCCCUGAAGGACCCGGUGCACACGGUGUCACUGCAGCAGUUCAUCUACGAGAAGCUCAAGGCUCAGCAAGAGCUGCUGGGAGAGCAAGGCUUCCAGUCCCUCAUGGAGACGGUAGACACGGAAAUCGUCACCCAGCUGCAGGAGUUCUUGCAGGGCUUCUAAGAGCACGUGCCACGUGACUGCCUCCCCUUUCUGAGACAGUCCAAGGAACCCAGCCUGCCAUCUGUGUGUGAGAGCCUGCUGAGACGAAGAAAUCCCUUGUAUAUGAAAAUAAAGAAGCCAAGACCACGCGUUUUUUACUACAAAAUUCAAUAAAUACAUGUAAAUCCUGCAUAGCUAAAAUCACAAACCUAUUCCUCAAAAGAAUUUAAUUUUAUUUUUAUGAGGGGCCCUGUGUUUACUAGAGAUAGAUUUGAUGGCAAUAGCUGCUUAGUUUUCUGUUAAGAGAAGAAACUGUGAUUAUCUUUUAAUCAUGUGCUCUUAACACUUGAGAAGAUGAAGGUUAAUCCUAAUAUGUUUUUCUGCAACCAAAAUUAAAUUUGGCUGCCUUAUCCCUUUUUUAAGCUAAUGAACCUACAAGUUUGAAAAAUGACAAAGCUGUUCAGAUGAUGCAAUUAAAAUUGUGCACUAGGCAAAAAUAUAUAAAUAGUGACAAAUAUACAGUACUGAGAUUAUCUUGCAAGGGAGUUGCUUUCAUCUGACAUAGAAAACAUGUUUUAUCAGACGAAUGCUUUUAUUUUCAUUCUAGUAAUUUGAUACAGGAAUUAGUAAAGGGAUUUUUUUUUCUCGUUUUAUUUUCAGUAAUUACAUUUAGUCUUUAAAUGCACAUUGUAAGGCCUGCAGAAGUGAACCUGUGGUACUGCCGUACCAGAUGGGAGACCUCUGGGCAUGAUUCAGUCCUAGUUCCUUUGUUAUUCCCGAAGGCCGGGAGCCCUGCGAGCACCGAGAUGGCCCAGGCGCCCGCAGAGGCCCUGUGCUCUGACGUGGCUGUGACCAGCUGUUCAGCACUUAGCGGUCUCGGGGUGCAGGAGUGCAUCAGGGCCUCGCUGUGGGUGCACCCCGGAGGGCCCAGUCCCCAGGGUACCAACACUGAUGUGACAAGUCUUCCUUUCUUCUUCCUCCAACAUGCAGUACCAAAAAAGGGGUAAAAGGAGAAAAUAAAGCCUUACUUUGUUUUACUUGCCAUUUAUUGUAAGGAACCUUUAAAGCAUUUUUAAGGAAAUAUUCAAAAAGCAGUGUUGGAAAAUGUCUGAUCUUUCUAUAGAAAGUUGGGUACAGUAUGUAACUGCGGGAAACCCACUGCCCCUUUGUAAGCUGUGGAACCCAAAAUGUAUGGAAAUAUUUGAUGUUUUCAGCAAAAGAAAGAAAAUAUGGUCCAAAUUAAAUUUUCCAAAGAUACCUCACA